CUUCUUGUCAACCCCAAAACUCCUCCCACCCAAUCUCAACUUCCUCAACCUCUUCAAUCCCAUGGCUGCUUGCAUCGACACUUCCCGACCCAACCCACCCAAAAACAACAACCAAAUCUCUCAAGACAAAGACAACCAAUACAAUUUCAUCAAGUUCUGCCGCGUGCCCAUCUCGCAGAACCGCACCAAAACCACCCAGACUCGCAGAGUCGCUGAUGAUCCGAAUGAAGAAAAGGCAGAUUAUUUGUGGGUCAAAAUGCUAGAAGAAGCUCGUUCUGAUAUCGACGAGGAACCCAUUUUGUCUGGCUACUAUUAUGCUUCAAUAUUGUGUCACAGUUCUAUUGAAAGCGCCUUGGCGAAUCAUUUGGCUGUGAAGUUGAGCGAUUCUAGUCUUUCCUGCAGUACCCUUGUGGAUAUUUUCAUGGGGGUGUUUCUAGAAGAUGGGGAGGUCAUCAGGGCUGUCAAGGAUGAUUUGAGAGCAGUGAAGGAGAGGGACCCAGCUUGCAUUAGUUAUGCUCAGUGCUUCUUGAAUUUCAAGGGGUUUCUGGCUUGCCAGGCGCAUAGGGUGGCGCAUAAGCUGUGGUCAGAGGGCAGGAAGGUGUUGGCCUUGUUGAUUCAGAACAGGGUUUCCGAGGUUUUCGCGGUGGAUAUUCAUCCCGGGGCGAAAAUCGGACACGGGAUAUUGCUGGAUCAUGCUACUGGUGUUGUGGUGGGGGAGACGGCGGUGAUUGGGAACAAUGUGUCGAUUUUGCACAACGUGACUUUGGGAGGGACUGGGAAGGCGUGUGGGGAUAGGCAUCCGAAGAUUGGGGAUGGGGUGCUUAUAGGGGCGGGGACUUGUAUAUUGGGGAACAUUAGGAUUGGGGAGGGAGCUAAGAUUGGGGCUUGUUCUGUGGUGCUGAAAGAUGUGCCAGCAAGAACUACCGCGGUUGGGAACCCGGCUAGGUUGAUUGGAGGGAAGGAAAAUCCAAAGAAGCUUGACAAGAUGGCUAGCUUUACGAUGGACCAUACUUCCCACAUAACUGAGUGGUCUGAUUAUGUUAUUUAGAGAGGGGUUUAGAAAUGUGGAUUAGUUGGUUUUUGUAACCUACCUGGGGCUUAUUGUUUGUGGUGUAAGUGAGAACCCAAGUUCUCCUAUUAGCAAACAGAGAUGCUUAAUGUGUUGAAGCAGCUGGUUCGCGCUAGUGUAUAAGUAUGGGAUUAUCAUGUUAUCCAUUGUGGCCUUUGAUCAUUGCGAGAACUGAGGUUCUCCUAUUGGCAAACAGAGUCUUAGAGGUAAACAGCUGCCCUGUGAUUUUAUGUACUUUAUUUGUAUCAUUUCAAGAUGUUUAGACCUUGUCUGGUAUGAUAUGAAGUUUAUGAAGUAGUUUCUUUGCUUACUCUAGCUGAUUUAUCUUCCCUUUUAGAAUUACAGUUACUGGUUUCUUUUGAC